AGAUAAACAAAACAGCAGCAGAGGAAGAUGGAGGGAUGGAGGGAUGGAGGGAGAGUGUUUGGCAAUGCCCAAGAAGAAGGAAAAAGAAAAAGAAUAAGAUGGAUGGAUGGAUCGAGGGAGGGAGGGAGGGAUGGCAAGAUGGGAGGGAGGGAAGGAUGGCGAGAUGGCGAGGGAGGGACGGAGGGACUAUGACAAGAUGGCCAGAUGGGAGGGACUAUGCCGAGACGGGAGGGAGGGAGGGAUGGCGAGAUACUAUGGCGAGGUGGGGAUAUGGGAGGGAGGGAGGGAUGCCGAGAUGGAGAGGGAGGGAGGGAGUAUGGCGAGAUGUGGAGAUGGGACGGACUAUGGCGAGAUGGGAGGGAGGGAGGGAUGGCGAGAUGGUGACCUACCAAACGAUGGACAAGAUGGCGGCGGCGGUAGGGCAGUAUGGUGUGAUGGCGGGGUAUGGCGGCGGGCUGUGGCGGUGGCGGCAGGGCGGUAUGGUGUGAUGGCGGGGUAUGGCGGCAGGCUGUGGCGGCGGCCCUACAAGAUGAAGAAGAAAAAGAAGAAGAAGAAGAAGAAGAUGGUGGUGGCGGUUGGGCGGUAUGGUGGCGGGCUGUGGCGAUGGUCGUACAAGAAGAAGAAGAAGAAGAAGAAGAAGAAGAUGGCGGCGGCGGUAGGGCGGUAUCGUAUGGUGGCGGGGUAUGGUGGCGGGCUGUGGCGGCGGUCCUACAAGAAGAAGAAGAAGAAGAAGAUGGCGGCAGGGCGGUAUGGUUUUGUGGCGGGGUAUGGCGGCGGGCUGUGGCGGCGGUCCUACAAGAAGAAGAAGAAGAAGAAGAAGAAGAAAAGGAAGAAAAAGAAGAAGAAGAAGAAGAAGAAGAAGAAGAAGAAGAUGAUGAUGAUGAGAGGGGAGGGAGGAGGAGGAGGAGACGAGAGGCGGAGGAAUGAUCGGCGAAGAAGAAGAAGAAGAAGAAGAAGAAGAAGAAGAAGAAGAGGAUGACUAGCGGAGCAGUUUUUUUUUUUUUUUUUUUUCUCUUACCUGUCGUUUAUCUCGCGACCUAUCGCUGAUGAAUGUA